AUGUCUGAUCCAUCAAUAUACACGAUUGGCUGGAUCUGCGCCAUAGUUCCCGAUUUUGUCGCAGCCCAGCUCUUCCUCGACGAGGUCCACGAAGAGCCUCGAUCGCUGUCCAGAAACGACAACAACUCGUAUAAGCUCGGGCGUAUGGGCAAGCACAACGUCGCGAUCGCGGUUCUUCCUCAUGGCGAAUAUGGAGAAAGCUCGGCGGCAGUGGUCGCUCGAGACAUGAUCCAUACAUUUGUAAACAUAAGGGUAGGGCUUAUGGUCGGCAUCGGCGGCGGAGCUCCUAGUCCCAGAAACGACGUUCGUCUAGGCGACAUCAUUGUCAGCUCCCCGGCUGAGGGUUAUGGCGGCGUGCUUCAGUACGACUUUGGCAAAUCCAUCGAGGGUGGAAAAUUCGAGAUGACUAGAACGACAUCUUGA